AUGGAGUUCAUCAAUGUCAAGGGCGCCGUGAGUAUCGAUGAUAGGUGGCGCCAACGAAAAGGAACAUUCAGGAAAGAAUCCUCGAAUUACCUGAUGGAAUGGAAGUCCUGAAUCACGAAGAAACUGGUAAGAAAUGGAAUGCUCGACGAUUUAUUGGAAAGUUCUCAAAUAUCAGUGCUUCUUCUCCGGCUUGGCGGCCCCGAUGAUGACGACUUCUCCGCUGGAGUAUCCUCCAUUUCCGUGCUUGCAUGGAGUACCCAUUCCGGAGACGGAAGCAACGGCGAUGGCGACGGAAGAGAGGAUGGCGAAGACGUUCAUGCUGGAAGAGAGCGUUGCUCGUCUGAUUGUGUGAAACUCACUCACUUGACAGUAGAGAUGGUCACAAGUGGCUGACUGCUUGUUCCGAUUCUUUCUCUCUCUUCCCUUUUAUACACUCAGUUUCCGGCCGAAGCCUCCUCCGUUCCUCCAUCUUUGUGGUAAUAACGCACAUUUCUCCGAUCACCGAAACAGAGUUCCGAUCCGAAAGUUUUCGAACUAAGCACUAAAAAUGUUACAAGAAACUCUACCGGAAACAUCGAGAACUUUGGUUCGGUGAUCGAGUUGUGUGUGAUGAAACAAAUUGGUAUAAAAGGGAGGAGAAAGAUGGAAUGGGCACAAGCAGUAGCAGAAGCCACUUGUGAUCAUUCAAGUGAGUUUCACACAAUCCCACGAGCAACGCUCUCUUCCAGCAUGAACGUCUUCGCCAUCCUCUCUUCCGUCGCCAUCGCCGUUGCUUCCGUCUCCGGAAUGGGUACUCCAUGCAAGCACGGAAAUGGAGGAUACUCCAGCGGAGAAGUCGUCAUCAUCGGGGCCGCCAAGCCGGAGAAGAAGCAUUGAUAUUUGAGAACUUCCCAAUAAAUCAUUGAGCAUUCGAUCUAAUAUUGUUCUCUUUCGCAUCUUGCACAUUUCUUUAGCGUUCACCAACCACUACACCGACGGAAAAUCGUUCGACGACCUGGAAGAACGGAAGGUUGACGAAAAUUCUGAGCCAGGGAUUCACUUUGCGAUCGACUUUAAAGUCCACAAAGACGGAGUGAAUAUGCUGAAGAAAGUCGGCAAUCAGAUCCAGUCGAAUUCUUACAUUCUACAACACAAUCUGAUCAUGUACUCCUAUUCCUAUGCUCUUAGCGUCGUGGGCAAAGACGCGAACGAAGGUAAUAUACGUCAACACUUCUGAAAAAUUUGUUUCUCUAGGGUUUUUGUGUCAGUUUCGUCUGGUUCCAAUCAGUUACACAUACCGUCAUCCGGUCGGGACCAUUGCGGGAGGUGUUCCGAACAUCUACAAACCGAAUGCUCCGGAGCUAUCGAACGCAAAGCUGGAUCUUGGAGUUGGUGACCCAUUCGAUCUUGUCAAAUGCAAGGACGGUACUUAUUUGUGUGAGACUGCUAUCCACUGCAGUUCUCUCGUCCAUAUGGCUCAAGUUUGAAUGCAAAAUCGGCCCUACACAACCAGCGAGUGAUUUGCAGAACGGAAUCGCCACUUUGAGAGUGGAAAUGACCAUUGACAGCGGCUAUUUCGAUAUCGGAGAGUACGUCGACCUCAACUUGAGACAGGCCCACGUGGCUCCCAACUCGCACGAGAUUCUCGGGAAGAUGUUGCUCGGGGAAGUGGUGCCGAAGAGUGACUGGGUGAUCACCGUGGGGGACGGAUCGCCGCGAGACUUCCACGUGCACGGAGCUGUCCUUACCGAUUCCUGUUUGACAUUGAGAGUGGGUUUCAGAAGGGGAAGGAUUCGUUCGAGUCAUCAGACGGCUUCAGGCAGCCCUUUCGAACCACAUGAGCAUCGCAAACAUUGUCGCCAUGGUGUCUCACGAGAAUCGCUUCAUUCUUGGCUCUCUGAAAUCGAAGGACAUGAAAGUGGUGAGGGAAAUGAUUGGAUGGAUUUGGUAACAUUUCCCAGUUCAGCUGCUCUCCUACAUCUAUCAGCGUCGUUACGUUCUUCCCGAAUACGACUCUGUCAACCGCAUCGGACCCGUUCUGACCCUCUUCUUCCGAGAGGAAAUGCCUCUUUUCUUCAAAAGUUGGGAAGUGGAGCUAAUCAAAAAAGUUCAGCAACUGGAUGUGAGAAUGAAUGCUUUGACAACUAGCGAGAUUUUGACUUUUUCAGCGUUCAAAGACUGGCGUGACUGUGAUUGAAUGCAUCAAAGCGUUGAUCAUCGUGCACACUUCCCCGAAAGGCGCUCUUCUCGCCGCUUACAACGCUGCUCUGAUCGUGGCCGCCGAUGCUUUGCAGAUGGCCGAGGCGAAGGGAAAGAAGGUGAAAGUGGAGAAGGUGAAGAAAGCGAUCGGAAAGGAAUGGCAACUGAUUGAUGACGUGUUCGAGUUGUGAGUUGAUAGAGGAACGAACAGAGCGGAAUGCAACAUUUCAGAAUCGGUGACUUGAAAUAUUCGAUUUGCGGAGUUGAGAAAUCGAAAUUCGUGGACUAG